AUGACCUCAUUGUGGGAGCAUGAAGCCAGUCAGCCUGGCGGCAGGGGUCUCAUUUCUCCAGGGGAAAUGGUGCACCAGCUUCAGCCGCGGCAUGGAGCUGCGACUGGGGUGUCCACCUCGCCUCAGAGCCGGGCGCCAAUGUUGGAUCCACCACACAAAUCAGCCUCGCUGCGUUCGAUAAUCGCGGGCAUUGCCCCAAUUGCAUCUCCGGCUCGACGAUAUCAUGGAGGGCUUGAGGGAGUUUUCUUUUUUUUUUGCUUUCCUCGUUGCCCACGCUUACGCAAGGCCAGCCACUUUUUGAUUGGAUGCCCGUCGCAAGGCGUGCCCUGUUCUUCUUAUUCGCGCUUCCGCAUCCGGCUGCAGAAGACAGACAUUGAAACUUUUCCUUUCCCCGCAGAAGCACUCCAGCACUCAACUACUUGCACAGCACGCGAGCGCAAAAACUGCGGAACAGUGGCACCCGACAGAUGA